AUGUCCGGCCUCACCGGACGAGAUCGCCGCCGCCCUGCAGCCAGUGGCGAGACGCCACGUGGCCGCCGCCACCUUCCCACCGCGUCGGCCCGCUCAGCCUGGGGCGGGCCGCCGAAGCCCGAGCACCGCCCCGCGCCGGUCAACGCCCGCGCCGCCGUCCACGCUCGCCGCGCCGCCCGGCUCCGCCUCCCUGCGCCACCACAAUCCCUCGCCGCGACGCCCGGCUCCACCUCGCUGUCGCCGCUCCUCACGCCGGUUUUGAUUUCUCUUAUCCGUCAGUUGAAAUGGUUUAAUGAGCACCUGGGAAAGAAAGGUAUCAGUGGGUUCAUCAACGUAGAUUACAAGAGUAAAAUUUUGUCUGUUGAGCUGACGAUGCCUCAAGAUGCAUCCCGUGAUACCGUCAGAGACACUAGAGGACUGUCAGGAGGGGAGCGAUCUUUUUCAACACUUUGCUUCACUUUAGCUCUUCAUGGAAUGACAGAAGCACCUUUUAGGGCCAUGGAUGAGUUUGAUGUAUUCAUGGAUGCGGUGAGCCGCAAAAUAAGCUUGGACACCCUCGUAGAUUUUGCUGUUGCACAAGGGUCACAAUGGGUAUUUAUAACACCCCAUGAUAUCAGCAUGGUGAAGCCUGGAGAUCAGGUCAAGAAGCAGCAAAUGGCCGCCCCUCGCGGUUGACUCAGGGCUUAGCUGCCUGUAUGUCGUUGCGCUCGGCAUUGUAUAUAUCCAUCGAUCAGGUCAAGAAGCAGCAAAUGGCCGCCCCUCCCUCGGCACUCCUAGCCUCCGGGUCCACUUCUGACAGAACCUCUUGGGAACUGCUCAUUUCCUAUCUAAGUUUUGUACAUAGCUUGUUUCGAAGUGUACUGGCACUUGUUUUGUUAUUUAGGACUAUCGGGGACCGACAUCUUUGGUGUGAAAUGAGCUCUUUGUGGUGGCAUAUACGUAUCUGUCAGCUAAAACAUUUUGCAUUGCAUGAUACUAAGUGAAGCCAGGUGAAAAGAAUCCGCCCA